AGGCGCCUGGGGGUUUUUCAACAACUGUUCCAGUAAUGUUAUAGAUAAGAAAAUGGCUUACAAACCUGUGGAAAGACCAACUUUCUUUGAAAUAUUUAAGGCACGUUGCAGUGAAUCAGACUUAGGGCCUAUCAGUCUCAACUGGUUUGAAGAACUCAGUGCAGAAGCACCCCCAUAUGAGCCUAAAUUAUUAGGAGAACUUGAUGAUCCCUUUGGCUGGCUUGAUCAAACAUCUUUUAAAACUCCAAGGGCAAAACCCUCUACGUACAGUCAGCUGGCAUCAACUCCGCUGAUUUUUAAAGAACAAAAUGUAAUAUUGCCACCUUAUUCUUCUCCUGGAAAAGAACUGGAUCAGAAAAAAAUAGGAGCAAGCAGAGAGAAUCUGAUAAGCCCAAGUAUCACAAGAAGAAAAAUAGAUCAAGAAAAUGAAAUACUUGCUUCUCCUCCUGGUACCUGCUGCAACUGCCUUGCUGCUAGUCCAACUAUUUUAAGGAAUACUUACAGAACACCUCAGAGAAAUAAUAUUCCUGGACCAUAUGGAAGCUUGUUUUGCACACCAAAACUUUUGGAGGUCAGAACUCCAAAACGUAUUUCUGAAAGUCUGGGAGCAGAAGUGGAUCCGGAUAUGUCCUGGUCAAGUUCUUUAGCCACACCUCCUACACUUGGUGCAACAGUGAUAAUAGCUAGAGAGAACGAUUCUAUUUCUGGAGCAAAGCGACAGGAUGAAAGAACUGAGAUAGUUUUGCACAACGUUUUUUCCAACCAUGAUAAAUGUCCUGGGACGAGUGAUACAAGUGUGCUGUCCAUACCAGAGACAGUGAAGCUAAAGGCUGAAGAUGACAUCACAGAUUUUGAGUCGGAGAUGUUAGAUGGGCUGUUUGGUGAGAUGAACAGCUUUGAGGAUACAUUCAACAUGCCUGCUGAGUCCAAUGGAACUCUUCUGCUGAUGCCACGUGCUCUGGAUGCAGUAGAGAAAUGUGCAAUAAACACAGAUAAAGCACAAGGAAAGGGAGAUGUUCCUUCUGAGCAGCCUAUUAGAAGAAAGACUGGCAUUUCACAGGAAGUGAAAACAACUAGCUGGACUGAAAAAAGCCACUCUGAAAUGAAGGAUUCUUUAUUCCAAAACACAGAUGAAGAUACAGGGGAUGGUAAAGAUGGCUGUUUAAUAGGACAUGAAAAGGAAUUGGAGUCACUUAAGAUCUCAGGAGAUGUGCAAGAUUAUAGAACACACAACUCAUCUGAGAACGAGAAGCCUGUGAAAGAAGAUGUGCAGUCUUCAUCAAGCCAGUGGUCUCAACUGAACUUAUCUGAUCUUGAUGUAACUCACUUGGAAAUGUCUAUAUGUAGCUCUCCACCCUCUGACUUAUGUAGAGAGAAAAAUUUAGAUGAGAAGUCAGCACUAAUGACCAAGGAUGAUGCUGUGGAAACAUCUUUACUGAAUACUUCAGGCUUGAUAAAAGCACAAAAGCUGUUGAGUGUCAAUUUGUCAGAAAAGUGCUAUGAAGUGAAAAAUUCUGAAAACAACCCAACAUCUGAAAUAACUCCAGUAAAAUCUGUGUCUCUGAGUGUUCAAGAUCCAAAGUUAGUAAAAGGAUGUGCAGCUGAGAAGGUUUCCAAAAUGAGCUUCUUAAACUGUAAUUCUUUUUUAAUUGAAAGUACAAAUGUCACGGAGUAUUCCGUAGUCUACAGUGGCAGCUUUUCCAAGCAUUUAAAAGCAACUUCUAAAUCUGUCGUAACUGAUGUUCUGUCUCACCCGCUUGUAUGUAGUGCUACCUCUCCAGAUAAUUGCGAUGACCUACGUUUAACAAAUAGUGAAAAUACUCUUACAAAGUCUGGCUUUAAAAGCCUAAAUAUGUUAUCCAGCUUGAGAAAGAGAUCCAAGAGGUUUAUUUAUACAAUAAAUAAUACUUUACUGUAUCAAGAAGAAAAAAUACAGAAAGAAGUAACCUCUGAAUCGCCUAUUCAUCCUGUAUUACCACAUUCGGAAUCUGAUUCGUGUGAAUUUAAAGGUUGUCGUGUGGCCAGUGUUGAUGAGCAAGACUGCUUGCUUCUUGCUGAGAGAAAGCAUUUGCAAUCGAAUAUCAAGGAAAAUAAUUUCAGCACUUGUACUUUAAAAAUGGAUAUAAUGGAUAACUCAUCUGAUAAUUCCUUCAACGAUAGGCUGAAGCAACAAGACCUGAGAGUCUUAGGGGAAAAUGCAAGAGAGGAUCAACCUGCUACAUCAUUAAAAUGUUUAACAGUAUCUAAUACACAGAAAGAAGACACAACAGAUUCUUUAAAUAGUGAAAUAAUUUCAAAUAUAAAAUGUAAAGUUCUAACUUCAGCAUGCCUAAUGGCAAGAAAGCAUUCCAGAUUGCUCCCUAAAGGCUGUUGCUUAGAGAAAGGUGAGGAAGACAAGUAUAUGAGUGCUAAUGUGAAUGAUGGAGCUACUGUACCUCAGAGCCUUAAAGAAGAACUUGCACGGUCUUCUAGGGAUAAUGAACACUUGAUUGAUAUGCACCAUGACGCUACGUCUGUGACAGACAGCGGUUUCAAUAAUACUUUGAGUUGGAUCAACUUCGGCAUAAAUGGAGUCAGUAGUGAUUGUUACAAUAAAAUAUCAACUGAUAAAAAGCAUGCUACAGUAGACCAGUGGUCAGUAGUUGACUGUAGAGAAGUACUUGGACCUCUGGGAAUAAACUGCUCGGAAAAUGAUAGUACUGGAUUAAAACAAGGGGACAAAACAGAUGUAGCUGCCUUUUCAGAAGUUGUAGCCGACAAUCAAGAGCCAAAGUCAGUUGAAAACAAUGAAAGCCCUCAAGCAGCUGCCUGCAAUAAUGUAGCUGUAGAGAUUGCUAAAGAAUUGUUAGAUUCUAUAGAUGAUAAUUCUUUAAAUGAGGUACUUUCUGAAGAAGAUAAACAAGUAGCACCUAUGUAUUCCAGCACAAAGUCAAAGGAGAACCUAAAGUAUAAAGGGAAAUCAUCAGGAAAUCUUAAUGCAUGCAGUUUGAAUCUGGGCUUUGGUGGCUUUCAGACUGCUUCCAAUAAGCAGAUUAAAUUCUCUGAAGUCAGUAUAGCAAAAGGCAGAAUGCUGUUCAAAGAUAUUGAAAAUGAAUACUUUGAAGCCUCUUCCAUGGAAACAGUCAGUAACUUUUCAAAUCAAGUUAAAAAGGAGAAUACGUUUUUCUCAGAUUCAGAAAGCAAGUUGGACAGUAAUUUAUCUGAUUCUUUAGAUUCACAGACAAGUUUUCUUGAGCCCAGGCAUACACAGAUUAUUCCACAUAAAGCUGGCUUGUGUAAAAGCUUUCCUAGAAGUCAACAAUCCUUGCAAGAAACAAAUCAAACUUUGACAGCAAGCCAAGAAGCUGAAAUUGCUGAACUUUCUAGUAUCCUGGAAGAAACAGGUAGUCAGUUUGAAUUUACACAGUUUAGAAAGCAAAGUAACAUGAUACAAAGUCAGGCCUUUCAACAGUUUGGAACUGUAGAAACACGUGGAAAAACGAAUGUGGAAAAUAUUUCUGAAACAAGGAAAGAUGCUGAUUUUUGUAGCACUUUUAGAUCUGAAAAUCAAGUGAAAAAUGACAGGUAUUGUACUAAGCAGGAAGACAUAAAUGAAGACUCUAAAGUGGUGGAAUACAAAAAAGAAAAUGCAGUGGUUUUCCAUAAAAAUGACAAAAAGGUUACUUUUACUAACUUAGACAGACAUGAAAGUAGAAUAUCUGAUGGGAGCUUUCCAGUAGCUAAACAGGACAGGUUUUCUAAUUUUGUAGGCUUUACUUCAGCUGGAGGUAAAAAAAUAAAUAUUUCUAAGGAGGCUUUGACCAGAUCUGCAGAGCUCUUCAGGGACUUGGAUGAUGAUAACCAUUUGUUUAAAUCUUCUGAAACUAGUACUAGAUGUCACAAUUCAAAAGGGCAUAUGUCUUCUAACUGUAAUUUUGUCAGAUGCCUGACAAAAGAAAACAAAGAAAAAACUGUUUGUGUGUCAGAUUUCAAAAGCAUAGGUGCUCUUUCUCACACACGUUCCAUUUCCCACCAUGCACAGAAAAAAGAGGAAAAUAUUAGUGCACCAUUCAAGGAAGAUAUGGAAAAUAGAACAAAAAGAUCAAUAAAUGAUAAUGAAAAUGUUAAUUUCAGUAGUACUAACACUAUCAUCAACAGUCUAUCAUCCAUUAAAAAACAUAACCAGAAUCAUAAAACUUCCAAAGAGUUUUUGAAUCAAGGAGAUUGCCAAGUUGAAGGUAGUUUGCAAGAAGACUCGUUAGAUGUAACAUGUUUAGGAGAUGCUAUUACAACUGCAGAAGAACAUAGUUUAAGUAUAUCGGAUGAAAUGGAAAACCCAUCUCCUACUCAGAAAGGAGAAGACAGAAAGGAAAAUGAAUGCUUGGCACAAAAAUUUCAAACUCCAGCUGGUGGUGAUAUAUCCAUUUCUGAUGCAGCUUUGGAUCAUUCUCUACACUUGCUCAAUGUACAAUGUGGAGAAAGAGAUGUAAAUGUUUUGGAGAACUCUGAUAAACAAAAGACAAAUCAUAAAAAUACGGAAGGAGAAGACACCACCCAUGAUAAGAACCUGUUAGUGAAUGAAAGCAGAAUAAAAAUAGAUUAUUACCAUCGUCAUCAAAUACCUUUUGAGCAAGAGGUGGAUGUUGAAACAAAUGAAGUGAAAGGGAGUUAUCUGACUGGUUUUCAUACUGCUAGUGGCAAGAAAAUAACAAUUGCUGAUGGAUUUUUGGCUAAAGCUGAACAAUUUUUUGCAGAAAAUGUUGAUGUAGGAAAGGAACGUAAUGACAAUUUUGAGAACCCCAUAAAGAAAAGGGAAUAUGGUAAAAACUGUGUCAAAGACUGUGAUUUAUGUAUUGAAAGUAUUGCUCAAUGUGAUCCAGAAAAACUUAAUUUUAAUAAAAAGCUUGUUCCUGAAGAACCUGGAGGUCAGUUUAAGCAGGCAGUAGAGAGCAGUCUCAUUAAACAUGCUGUGAUUCUUGAUACUGUUAAAGUAGAUACAUUUGUUGAUCUAGGUGAAGAUUGUGAAAGAAGUUUGGUAACUUCAUAUGCACAUAAAAAAGCUGAUGUCAGAUGUGGAAAGUCAGAAUUGGAAUCCCUUCCCGGACAGGAGAGUGAUGCUUUAAGUAGAACUCGUUUGUCUGAAGAUGGAAAACUGUUUGCAGAGAGAGAGAUGGAAUACUUACCAAAAAAGAGGGAUGAUUCAGAAAACAUGCAUGAUUUUCCUGUGCACUCUGCUGCAUGUCUGCAUUUAAUGAAGGUAUCAAAUGACCUUGAAGAUAAUUCUGUGCCUGGAGAUACAAAAAAUACUUUAUUUGUUGAGGAUAGUAACAAUAAAUCUAAUCAAUCCCUCUUAAUUUCAAAAAGUAGCUCUUCUUAUUUGAACUGUGACAGUAAGGAAUUUGACUUAGAACAUUUAAAUGAACAUUGUGCUGAUACAAACUGCUUCACAGACACCAUAGUUAAUGCUUGCCAAAACCAGUCACUAGUCAGUCUCCCUGAAGAUGAAACUAAUUUAACCAGGUUAAAAGAAACAACACUUAAUGUUGAAAAUCAAAAGGGUGAUCUGAAACAAAUUGUGUUUAGUACAGCAAAAGGUAAAGCAGUUUCUGUUUCGGAAAGGGCAUUAGCAAGAGUCAGACAAAUGUUUCAAGAAGACUACAGUGAAGCUGUAAAAUAUGAAAUUGAGACUAACUCAAGAACUAAUCAAACAGAAAUUGCUGGAAAUUCAUCUUCCAUCAUUCACACUGAGUGUCCUAAUUCUGCUAAGUUUUUAAAUGCUACAAGAAGUGAAGAGAUUAAUUCAGCCGCAUCCCACUUUAUUAAAGCAAAUGCAAGUAGUAGUGAAAAUGGUCACCAAGAUACAAACGCAUUUGCAGAUGCAAAGUCUGUUUCAAAUUCUCAGAGGCGAUGCUUUGAACAGAAUAUUAAGCUUCUAGGGCACUUGCCUGUUCCAGAUAAGCAGAUAAAGCAGUCAGAUUCUUCUACAAGCAGUCUUGGAUUUUUUAGUACGGCAAGUGGUAAGCCUGUACAACUGUCAGAAGAGUCACUCAGGAAAGCUAAAAAGCUCUUUUCUGAAAUGGAAGGUAAUCAUUCGUCGCAUGUACGAGAAGCAUUUUUAGUUGAGGAAGAUGUUGAAAAGUCUGAAAUGCACACUGAAGCAGUUCCUAGGAAAAUGCAGAUAGUGUUACCAAAAGGGGAAGAAAAUGCCAGCACUGACUUGAUUUCAGAUCCUGCUUUUGGGUUCAGCACUGCAAGUGGAAAGCAGGUAACAGUCUCUAAAAAUGCCUAUCAAAAAGCAAAGGCCAUUUUAAAAGAAUCUGAUGACUUUUUGAUCAGUGGGCUUUGCAUUACAGAUCAACUUAGCUCAGUUAAAGAGAGUGGUCAACAUGUAAAAUCUUUAACUGAUAAAGUGAUCUCAGAAUCCAGAAUUGAAAAAAGCUGCAAUGAAGACUUUGACUUAAAAAGCAUCUGCCCUGGGGAAAUGCAGUCUUUUCCAAGCACUCACCAUGUCAAAAUGCCUGAGUACGUACCACAUAGUAAGAAAAACAAGCAGUUAACAUCAUUUGAAAAUAGCUUUCAGCAAGAGGAGACCAGGUCUUUCAGAAAAGGGCAGCUGAAUCUGGGGAUGAAAACAGAGUCUGAAGCAAUUUCAUGCAGUGCUACUGCUAAAGCAGAAAUGAAUAUUAAUCUUCUCCAAACUCCAAAAAAUUACUUGGAAGUAGAGGCUGUAGAAGGUGCAAGAGCUUUUAUGGAAGAUGAUCUGUCCGAUUCUGGAGUACAAAUUAAUGCUGCACAGUCCUUCAGUGGCAGACUGGAUAAAAACUUUCAAAAUAAGACCUUUGGGAAGAGGCACUUUGAAGAAAACUCACUCGGGGAACCUCCAAUUAAAAGACAGCUACUGCUUGAAUUUAACAGAACAGAGAAUCCCCCCAGAUCUUUGAAAGCUUCGAAAAGCACCCCUGAUGGCAUUUUCAAAGACAGAAGAAAAUUUAUGUACCAUGUUCCUUUAAAACCCAUAACUUGUCAACCUUUUGGGGCUAUUAAAGAACGACAAGAAGUCAAGAAUCCUACCCUUACUCUACCAGAUCAAGACUUCAAAGGAUUCAAAUCUAAACCUGCCAUUUUUCAGCACUGUGCAGUAAGGCAGUCUUCAAAUGGUACUUCAGGGGUUUCUACUCCAUGUAAGGCCUCAGCCAAAGAGAGUGAAGGAACAAAAAGUUUGAACAAAUCUGGCAAAACUGCUAAAACUUUUAUUCCACCCUUCAAAACCAAGCUGACUUUUUCUACAAGUGAACAAGGCAGUAGCAAAAGAUGUGACUCACCAAUCAGCAAAAAUAUGACUGAAGAGACGGAAUUAAAUCAGAUCACAACUGAACAAAAUAUUGCUGAACCUCAAGAUCACCAGUCUUGCAUCCAGCAUGCAGCAGACACUGACCUAGAAAGUGGCAAUUUAGCUAUGGUCAAGAUGAUGACAAAUCUCCGCUGUGCCAGAGAUCUGCAGGAAAUGAGAAUUAAAAAGAAAUAUAGGCAAAAUAUUAGCUCACAGCCAGGCAGUCUUUAUGUCAUUAAAACAUCUGCAAGAAAUAGAAUCUCUCUGAAAACUGCAGUAGAAGAGAAAUCUCCUAGUUUUUAUUCUACAGAAGAGCUUUACACUUAUGGUGUUUCAAAGCAUUGCAUGCAAGUUAACAGCACAAAUGCAGAAUCUUUCCAGUUUCUCAUCAAAGACUUUUUCAGUAAGGAGUAUUUAUUAGCUGGAAAUGGGAUGCAACUUGCUGAUGGAGGAUGGCUAAUACCUACAGAUGAGGGAAAAGCUGGAAAAAAGGAGUUUUACAGAGCCCUCUGUGACACUCCUGGUGUGGAUCCCAAGCUAAUAACAGAGGCCUGGGUUUACAAUCACUAUAGGUGGAUUGUAUGGAAAUUGGCAGCCAUGGAAGUGUCUUUUCCACAUGAAUUUGCUAACAGAUGUUUGACACCAGAAACAGUGCUGUUGCAGUUGAAAUAUAGGUAUGAUUUGGAAGUUGAUAAAAGUAAACGAUCAGCAAUCAAAAAAAUAACAGAAAGAGAUGAUGCGGCAGGUAAAACACUUGUACUGUGUAUUUCUAAAAUCAUAUCACUAAACACCGUUGUAUCUCCUAGCAGUAGCAAUAAGAAUGUGGAAAGUAAAAAAGCAGCAGCAAUAAUUGAAGUUACUGAUGGCUGGUAUGGGAUUAGAGCUCUUCUGGAUCCACCUCUUAAAGCUUUCUUACAUAGAAGAAGGCUGACUGUUGGUCAGAAGAUCAUAGUGCACGGAGCAGAACUUGUUGGCUCUCAAAAUGGAUGUACGCCACUGGAAGCCCCAGAUUCCCUUAUGUUAAAGAUUUCAGCGAACAGCACUCGAUGUGCACGAUGGCAUGCAAAACUAGGAUUUCAUCGGGAUCCCAGACCUUUUCCUUUGCCUUUGUCAUCGCUUUACAGUGAGGGUGGUGCAGUGGGGUGUAUUGAUGUAGUUAUUCAAAGAACUUAUCCUAUUCAGUGGAUGGAAAAGACAUCAGCUGGUUCAUAUGUGUUUCGUAACAGUCGAGCUGAAGAAAGGGAAGCUGUCAAGCAUGCAGAGGAUCAACAAAAGAAACUGGAAGCUCUGUUUGCAAAAAUCCAAGCAGAAUAUGAAAAGCAUGAAGAGAGAACUAGCAGAAGAACACUGAGAUCACGCAUAGUCACAAGACAGCAAAUCCGUAAUUUGCAAGAUGGUGCAGAACUUUAUGAAGCAAUUCAGAAUGCAUCUGAUCCCGGUUAUAUGGAGGGGUAUCUCAGUGAAGACCAAUUAAAAGCUUUGAAUGCUCACAGGCAGUUGAUGAAUGAUAAAAAGCAAACUCAGAUACAGGAAGAAUUCAAGAAGGCUUUAGAGUCAGCAGAACAGGAAGAAAAUGGUUGUUCCAAAAGAGAUGUGUCUACUGUAUGGAGAUUAUGUGUGGUAGACUACAGAAAGCAAGAAAGACAUAAAGGAGUUCUACUGACUAUCUGGCGUCCACUGCUAGAUGUUUGUUCAUUGUUAAAGGAAGGCAGUCGGUACAGAAUCUACCAGCUGUCAACAUCACAGUCCAAAGGAAGAUCAAACUCAACUAACAUACAAUUAACAGCAACAAAGAAAACUCAGUAUCUACAGCUAUCAGUAUCACAGGAGAUGCUGGUACAGCUUUUCUUUCCAAGAAAGGCUCUAAAAUUCACCAGUUUGUCAGAUCCUUCUUUUCAGCCACCAUGUGCUGAAGUUGAUUUAGUCGGAGUUGUAGUUUCUGUUAUCAGAACAGGUUCCACUACUAUGGUGUACUUAUCUGAUGAAAGCUAUAAUUUAGUGGCAAUAAAGAUCUGGACGGAUCUCAGACACUUUGCUAUUGAAGAUGUAGUUGUCCGCUGUUCGUUCAUUUCUGCAAGCAACCUUCAGUGGCAAUCUGAAUUCAGAUCAGAAAUUCCUAUGCUCUUGGCUGGAGAUCUUUCUGUAUUCUCAGCCAGUCCAAAGGAAAGCUAUCUUCAAGAGAAGGUUAAUGAACUGAGAAGUACGAUAGAGAAUGUGGCCUCCUUUUGCUCUGAUGCAGAAAGUAAAUUGAUGAAUUUGCUACGAAGAAAUCUCUCAUUUACACCCAGUUUAACUAAAAGAUGUGGCUUGGAAUGCCCCUCUCCUUCCUGCAACUCAGGUCUUUAUGCAGAAGAUAAAAGUUUGAUCUCUUCUAAAAUUCAAAUAAAGCAUCCAAGCCCUUUGUCAACUAGCACACCAAAUAUGAAACUUGUCACACAAGGGUCAGCAAAAACGCCUUCAUCUGCUACAGUUAAUGAAGACCAUCCCAAAACCAGCAAAAAGAGAAAAGCUAUGGACUUCCUCAGUUGCAUACCUGCCCCUCCACCACUGACACCAAUGUGUUCAAUAAUUUCUCCAUCUUUAAAAAAAGCAUUUCAGCCUCCACGAAGUUUGGGUUUACAGCACAGCAAGUCAUCAAAAGAAACAAAUCAGAAUAUUGGUCAUGUCACCCCCUGUAGAAAAUGGAGAGAAACUGUCCAUCUUCCUGAGAAUGACUUGGUUGCUGAUGAAGAACUUGCAAUGAUUAAUACACAAGCACUCAUGCAUAAUUUACCAGAAGAAAAGAAGAUUGAUUAUGUAAAUUAAAACAGCAGUACAAUAGCUACUAUUUAUCUUUCACCCAAAAAUAGUUCCAGGUCUAAUGGAGAAGCAAAUAACUCAUCAAAAAGCAGUUCUGAAGUAGCUGAGGCUCUUCAGAAGGACCCAAAGGAACCUGAGGACUCGUUCCCAGCCCGCAGAAUGCUACAAGGACAAAAAUCCCGAAAAUGCUACUAA